AUUUAGUGUCCCCUAAAUCACACCCCGCUGCCCAUGGCCAGUCGGUGCUCACUGCUCUCUGCUCUCGCCGCCGGAGAGCCUGGCCAGGACUUUUGAAGGGAAUGACGGUGUAGUGGGAUGCCCCAUCUGGGGGAGCCAGCUCCUUCCCAUGCAUGGUCCUGCGUGGGCAGAAAGCCCUGCCCCAGGGGCUGACCACCACCGGCCAGACCUCAACACCUUCCAAGCCAACCAGCAGCUCUGCAGGAAGGGAAAGGCAGCCCACGAAGCCUGUGGAGCCUGGCCAGGAGAGCAGAGGAGCUCUCACCGGAGCUGGUCCCAGCUUGGUGGCCACCGGGUGACGUCGGGGAGGAUGCUCUGUGGGGACAGGCAGGUCCCUUGCCUGCAGUGACCCCCUCGGCAGGAGCUCUAGGAUCCCUACUGAUGCUCUGCUCCCAUAUAGCUGCAACCUCACCCGCUAGCUCUCGGGAGAAGACCUGGUGUUAUGCCCUGGGGACUGCCACCUUUCUCCCCAACGGUCUUUGAUGGCGAGGCGCGUUGGGUCAUCCCCGGGGACCGUCCUCACCCGCCUGAUGGAGGUCUGCCCCGGCACCGGCUCUGCCAGGGCAGGUUUGCUCUCUCUCAUCCUUGCGGCCACGCUGUGCAGCCUCUCCGUGCAGAAAUCCCUGCCCGCGGCGUACAGAGACCACGAGGGUCCCCAGGAGGGCACGGGCCUGAUCCAGUGUGGCGAAUACAGCAACCAGGUGCUGCCCAACGGCCGCUGUAAGAUCGUGGCCACGCUGCCGCAAGGGGAUGAGCAGCGGUGCCCGGACAUGUUUCGUUGCACCGAUGAGGUGUCCUACUGGCUCCACGAGAACGAGGAGCGCAAGCAGCAGGUCCUGGAGCUGCGGGAGCUCAUUUCAGAGCUACAGGAGGAGCUGAGGAACCACCGGCACCGCAUCAAAGUCCUUGAGCUGCAGCACGAGGAGGCGGCCGGCCGGAACCACAGCCUGGCUCAACGGGUGCAGGACCUGGAGCAUCGAUACAGCGAGGCCAGCACCCUGCAGCACAUCCAGGCCACGCUGCUCUACGACAUGCAGGCACAGAUAAACAACAUUUCUGUCCUGACCGACUGGGCCUGGCGCAAUCCUACCUGCCUCGGCCCCGCCGAGAUGAGGCUGCAGGAGGAGAUGCACCAUCCAGAGGUGAAGCACGCCAGGAACUGCCCCAUCGACUGCGCUUCUGUUUACUACAAUGGGCUCCGGCGGUCUGGGGUCUACAGCAUCAUGCCCUCGGUCGGAGGGAUGCCUAUCGAAGUGCUGUGUGAGAUGGACACCGAAGGUGGGGGCUGGACAGUCAUCCAGAGGCGUCAGGAUGGCUCAGUUGACUUCAACCGGACCUGGAACGAGUACAAGGAGGGGUUUGGGGAUCUCAAUGGCGAGUUCUGGCUGGGCAAUGAGAACAUCCACAAGCUGACGAGCCAAGGGGACUACUCUCUGCGCAUCGACCUGGAGGACUGGAACAACAAGCACAAGCAUGCCUUCUACCAGGUCUUCAGGUACAUUGAGGACGAGGCAAACUAUUACCGCCUGCACGUGGAUGGGUUCAGUGGGACGGUGGAGGAUUCCUUUGCCUGGUACCACAACAAGAGGAGCUUCAGCACACCCGACUCGGGGAACAUCUGUGCUGAGAUUUCCCAUGGAGGUUGGUGGUACCACCAGUGCUUUUUCUCCAACCUCAACGGGGUGUACUACAAGGGCGGCCGAUACUCCAUUAAAAACCGCAAGAUCCUGGGGCCAGACGGUAUCGUGUGGUACUCGUGGAAGGACACAGACUACUAUUCCCUGAGGAAGGUGGUCAUGAUGAUUCGACCACGCACUUUCCGGCCCCACCUCUCCCCAUGAGGGAGCCUGGGAUGUUCUUCAUUUCACGUCAUAUUGAACGUUGGGAACAGAGGGCUGGAAGUAGUUUGCUGUGAGCAAAAACUGACGCUGGAGAUCCUGGGGGUGCUCAGCUACCAUGCCUGUUUGCUUUUGAGAGAAUUGAACCAACAGCAGAGGUGUCAAGACCUUCAACAAGUGUUUGGUUGGUGAAAGCUCUCCUAAAAACAUGGAAGUGGUUGCUGAGAAGGGUUUUGCAAAGACAAGCAUGUGGCUUGCCGUUUCACCAGGUAGCAGCAGUUUUUGGCAAGCUUGGGCAUACCCAAGGCUUGAGACUAAAUCCAGUUGACCAGGUGAUGGGAGUCAGCCACACACUGAGGCUGGACCUUACGUUGAGCGGAGAUGUUGAGUGCUCUGGCUACCAACCCAACAGUAUUUUAGAGGGAAGCAAAGAACCAGCAAUACUGUAUGAGUUUUCCGCACGGGAUGUGAUGGACCGGUUCUUGUGCCGUAAGAUGAGCAUCUCUCCAGUGUCGGCAGAAUUUCUCUGUUCACCUCACGGCGUCUGUAGGUCCACCACCCCAGGGAUAUGGUAGGGUGGUUCCAAGGUGCUGAGAUGGCCCUGAGGAAAGCUGGGAGAGGCAGUGUGCAUCGCCCAGGGAUGGUGUCAAGGGCAAACGAGGAGGAAGGUCUGCAGUGGCUCUUGCCUUCUCUAGCAGGGAUUGUGUUACACACAUGGACGUUAGCUAACUGCGAUAAUAAUAUUCCAAGUGAAAAGAUUUAAAAAUAAAAAAUGCGGAAUGUUUUCCAUUUUCCGUUCCAUUUUCACCUUUCCGUCCUUUCUCUGGCAAAGAACUUGGGAUGAAUUUUCUAUCCACCCUAGAAGUGGUCUGUGGGAAUGAUCACACAUGAUUUUAAGUCUUUUUUUACUGCCUUACUCUGGAUAAAGAAAAUUCAUCAUUGCUGUCUUUUAAUUUUCCACUUGUAGUUGCAGUGAGAGAUCCUCCUUUUUUCAUGACUUUGCCUCCUCACAGGAUCAAGAGAUGGAGGCUGGGACUUGGCCUCAGCCCUGAUUGUGUUUGAUGAUGAAUAUUUAAUUAGAUUACCUUUUUCCUGUUUCAUGUGCACAGAUGAGUUCAAAGAGGGUUCAGCGAAGAGGAAAGGCAGUUAUAUUAGAGACAAAGCACCUUUCCUCCCAACUACUUGGCUCCCACUUGAUGCUAUUCUGGCUCCCUGAUGGUUUCUGUAGCUUUUACACUAAUCUGGACUAUAUUUUGCCUGGAACCUCAUUUUUCAUCGGUGAACCAAGUGGAGAAGUUACCUUCCAAGCAUCCUACAAACUAAUAUCUCCAAGAUAAUAAAACAACAUAAUUUGUCUUU